AAUAAGUUUCGUCUUUCACGAUUCCUCAUCAACAGAAGAGAAAACACAAGUUUUUCAACUCGUUGGAAUCGUUCAUUUUCAGUGAGGUUUUACUGCUUCAGCUACUGAGUCGAAUCGCUCUUUCCUCUAUGUUUGUGUACUUGAGGUGCAUGUGGUUGAUAUUCCAUGGAAACAGUGAUUGCAAUUGAGGAUAAUGAUGAUGGGAAGCUUGAGGACAGUGGGGUUGAUAGAAGCAGUUCUGCUUUAUCUUCACCGAAGCAGAUUGCCAAUCCUGUUGUAUACAAGCUCGUUCGGGUUGAAGGUGAUGGGAGGUUAGUGCCUGCAACAGAUGAUGAAGUAAUGGAGGUGGAGGAUUUUCUUGAGUAUGAAAACAGUGAAAUGCGUGUUGUUGCAGACACAGGGCAGAGUUUGGAAUGCAUAUCGAUUGAAAGAUCAUCUUCUGGGAAGCUUCGAUUGGAAUGCUCAGAAGGCACUGCGGAUGCAGAUUUGGGGAAACUAAAUGCAAAAUUUCAGUACAUUGAGCAGAUGUUGCAAAAGGUCAAACACGAAGAGAAACUUCGCUUAACGUGUGGAUCUCCUAUUCAUUCUCCUGUAAAUAUAGACAGCCACUGUUCUGCUGAUAAAUUUCCUGUCAUGGAUGAGAAGGUUCAAUCUGAAACUCCCCACCAGGAAAUACCUUCUAUAGCAUCAAGUUUAAAUUAUACUCAUAGUAAUCAAUCUGGGAGUAUUGAUCAGUGUUCCAGACCUUCAGAUGGAGUGAUAGAAAGUGGAUCAUCUGCUUCUGCUGUCUACUCGACUUUGAUGCCUGAUUUUUCAAUGUUAGAAGGAGAAAUAUGCUUGGACAAGCUAUCAAUCAGAGAACUUCAUGAAUUGUUUAAGGUGACUUUUGGUCGGGAAACUACUGUGAAAGACAAGCAGUGGCUGAAAAGGAGGAUUGCCAUAAGUUUAACUAACUCAUGUGAUGUUUCAGCAACAACUUUCAUUGUUAAAGAUAACAAAAUAGUUAGAAAAUGUGAAGAAGACAGUUCUGGAAAUGUGAAUGCUGCACCUGUAAUCUCUAUUGAAAAUAUGGCUGAAGAUGAUGUCAACUAUAAGGAUUCAUCUGUAGUGGAGGGUUGUGGAAUUGAGGACAACCAAGUUGUUUCUGAAACAAGACUGAGAAAUCAUAACAUGGAACAUGAAUUGGGAGGUGAGGAUCAUCAAGCAGAACAAAGAGCUGCAAAAAGAAUACGGAAGCCCACAAAGAGAUAUAUUGAAGAACUCUCUGAAAGUGAAUCUAGAGAGCACAACCCUAGGUUGUUAAGUUCUAAUAGAAAUAUGGAACCUGGACAUGUUUCUCCAACUUCAUGCAUCAGGCCUGCUAGGAAUGCUUUUUCAGAGGUGAGAACAUUUAUCACCAGGUUAGAUUCUCUUGGAGGUUCUAGUGUCCAAAUUCCUUGUGUUUCUCGGAUUCGAAGAAGUCGUCCAAGGAAAAAUAUCAUGUCUCUUAAGAAAUUCCAUCCAACUGGCAUGGGUGAAACUGAGAAAUUCGGUAAUAAGGUCCUUGGAGAGCAUGGUUCUGAUGAUGGGAGUGAGAGUCCAGACAAAGUCUUGAAGCCAAGAUCCACGCCUGGAAAGUUUUAUCGGCCAUCUUCUUCUGAACCUGGAAAAGAGAAGCAGUGUCAGGUAAAAGGCACGAUCGAGCAACGUCAGGAAUUGAGGCCAAAAAAGGCAGAUCCAUCUAAUCAUACUUCAGGUGAACAUAUAGUUAAAGUUCCCACUGCUAAAGGUGGAAUGAGGAGGAAACAUCAUCGAGCAUGGACUCUUGUUGAGGUAAUGAAAUUAGUUGAAGGCGUGUCACGGUGUGGAGCAGGGCGGUGGUCUGAGAUCAAACGACUCUCCUUUUCAUCAUACUCAUAUCGUACCUCUGUUGAUCUUAAGGACAAGUGGAGGAAUUUGCUUAAAGCUAGCUUUGCACAGACACCUGCAGAUGAGGGGAUAAAUUCGCGGAAGCAUGGUACAGCUCCCAUUCCUGAGGCAAUUUUAGUACGUGUAAGAGAGCUUGCAGAGAUGAAUUCUCAGGUACCUCCAAAUUUCAGCUCAAGCAAGUUAACUGCUGGUGCAGGAAGUGUGCAUGAAGAUAGAUCAGGGUACUUGUAGUAAUGUAAAUAUUACGAAAUUACUUAUCAAGCUAUAAACAUAAAACAAAAAACGAAAAAAAAACUAACUUCUGCACUUAAAUCAAUCCUUUGUUGGAUGAAUAGAGUAGAUGCAAUCUUGUAGGCAAUUGGGAGAUUGAUCGAGUGUUUAAUGCACUGAUUAGUUUAAUAGAUUCAUGUCAGUUCUUCAUUAUGGCUGUUUUUGAUCGUUGUAAAUUUUGUCUUAUAUUAAUGUACUCUUAUGUAAGUUAGAAUCAUAUACUUUACUAGUAGU